GGGGGGUGCCAAGAGACCCCCCCUCCCCCAGGAGAGAAGAACUUUAGGGUGGCUACCCUGCAUCUGUGUGAAGAUGCCACCUGCCAGGUCCAUGGUGGCAGUGUGACACCCAUAAGAGGGGAGAGCACGAGAAGGCAGCGUGGAGGCCCGUGCCCGUGAAGGAUGCUGAAGAAAAGCAGCCUGGUCCUCUGGGGCGUGGUGCUUUUUGUGGCCUGGAAUGCCCUUAUCCUUUUCUUUUUGUGGACCCGGCCUCAGUCUCUCUCAGACCACAGCCACCUCACCGAGGAGGUGAUCCGUCUGGCUGACGAUGCCGAAGUGGAGCUAGAGCGCCAGAAGGACCUCCUGCAGCAAAUCUACCACUACAGUGUCCUCUGGGGCAGGAGGCAGGCCAAGCCUCGCCUGCCGGCCGCUGUCUCAGCCCAGCCUUCCACGGCCGCUCCUCUGUCCCGCCACUCUCAGAUCUCUCCGGAUGCUGUGUUGCCAGUGCUGGUGAUUGCCUGUGACCGCAGCACCGUCCGCCGCUGCCUAGACAAGCUGCUGCAUUACCGCCCUUCCAAGGAGCGGUUCCCCAUCAUCGUGAGCCAGGACUGCGGGCACGACGAGACAGCCAAAGUCAUCGCCUCCUAUGGAGACGCCGUCAUGCACAUCAAGCAGCCCAACCUGAGCGACAUCCCCGUGCCCACCGAUCACCGCAAGUUUCAGGGCUACUACAAGAUCGCCCGGCACUACCACUGGGCCCUGAGCCAGGUCUUUCAGACCUUCCAGUACCAAGCGGCCAUCGUCGUGGAAGACGACCUGGAAGUGGCUCCGGACUUCUUUGAAUACUUCCAGGCCGCCUUUCCUCUCCUGCUGGCCGAUCCGACCCUUUGGUGCGUCUCUGCCUGGAACGAUAACGGCAAGGAGCAGAUGGUGGACGCCGCCCACCCAGAGCUUCUCUACCGCACGGACUUCUUCCCUGGCUUGGGCUGGCUUCUGCUGUCGGACCUGUGGAACGAGCUGGAGCCCAAGUGGCCCAAGGCCUUCUGGGACGACUGGAUGCGGCAGCCUGAGCAGCGGCAGGGCCGUUCGUGCAUCAGGCCCGAGGUGUCGCGCACCAUGACCUUCGGCCGCAAGGGGGUGAGCCAUGGUCAGUUCUUCGACCAGCACCUAAAGUUCAUCAAGCUCAAUGACCGCUUCGUGCCUUUCGCUCAGAGGGACCUCUCUUACCUCAAGAAGGAUGAGUACGACCGCUCAUUCCUGGACCAAGUCUACGGCGUCCCCGAGCUGCGGGUGGAAGAGCUGCAGGGUAACCAGCGCCGGGAGUUGGGCACCGUCAGGGUGCAGUACACCACCCGGGACUCUUUCAAGGCCUUUGCGAAGGCGUUGGGCGUCAUGGACGACCUCAAGUCAGGAGUGCCUCGCGCCGGCUACCGGGGCAUUGUCAGCUUCCUUUACCGAGGCCGGCGUGUUUACUUAGCGCCCCCUUCUGACUGGACAGGCUACGACCCCAGCUGGAGUUAGCAGCCAAUGACCCUUAAGCAUGUUGGACUCUAGAGGG